GACGUCGUUAGUCUCUUGUGGAUUGCCAAAUAAGUCAGUACUCGCUAGUGGUGGUGACGGGAAGUUGAUGUGUCUAAAGAUAAUAGCAAAUUGGGCUUGUUGAAGAACAGGCGCAUUGUUUUGGAUGAAAGCGCCAAAGUGCUCGAUCCCUCCUUGGCCGAGGGUCCGCCUUUCGCUUCUUUGGAACCCAAGGGAGCCGAGUGGAACAAUAUGUCUCCAUUGACCAGGAACAAAUGUUGGGAUUUCAUCACGAACUCUCUCCACUCUCGCUGUUAGAGACCAGUGAAACUGAUCCCCUGUUUGACAUUUUCAAAUUUCCCGCUUGAAGCUGACUAGGUGUAGUGGAGACUCACUAAAUGGUGUACUUCAUAGCAUGUGUUGACUUUUGGAAGUGAUUCCCGUGAUUCCCCCGUGAUUCCGUCCAAGGUGAUGCCGGGCCGAGAAUGGAACUUCUUCUUGGCGUGAAAGAAUUCUACUCGCCACUCACAAAGGGAAAAGUAGAGAUCAAUUGUAGUCGCAUAAUCCAUCAAAGCCCUAUAUCAGAGUGUCGAUCCAACGAGCAAGGUGAGCAAGACUAAGGAGAAGAAGGCGACGAAGAAGACGACAUCUUGAAUUCUGAAAAGACCAUCCUAGAAAGAGACAGAGAGAUUGGGAGAGGGGGAAGAAUAUCAUCCGUCAGCUCUUGGGGCCCUCAAAACAACCCAACCACUAAUGAAGAUGCACGUCAUGAUGAGGCCGCCAACUUGAGAAGAGAUCAAAAUCCGCCAUCCACGAUUCACCAUUGUCAAAUUCGGAGGAUCCUCGAGCGACAAAGCCGAUCGACGGUGCUGAUCCUCUUCUCUGAGUUAGCCAAAGAUCGCCCAGCCAAAAUCAUUCCUCAAACGAAACCAUCCAAGACAUCAUGGACUGACUGAAAGUGAGAACACCGAUUAGAAGGAACCCGAAAUUUUCCCUGGGAAUUGCAAUUCACACUCUCACGCGUUUCACAUUGCUAAAGUUACAACCUGUGGGUGCGUGCGUGUGUGUGUGUGUGUGUGAUUUAUGUAUUGACUGACUGCCUUCUACGCGUGACGCCAGUGGACACGGUCGAGGACAAAUAUUGGCCCUUCCAUUGAUCCCCAAGCGAAAUAAUGGACGAGCAUAUAGUGCUUCAUGACUCUACCACCAUGACUACUACCAUCGAGGGGUCCUUCCCUUUAGGGAUCACCACGGCCUCGAACCAUUUCAAUGAGACGGUCGUGAUCCACUUCUCGAGGCCGGCCACCAUUUUUGCGGCGGUGUGUGCUUCGAUUUUCACCGUGGUCGGGAUUGCGGGCAACCUGCUCACGGUUGUAGCUUUGCUGCGAUGCCCAAAACUCCGAUCACACGCCACCACCUUAUUCGUGAUCUCGUUGGCCAUUUCGGACCUUCUCUUUGCCGCCGUCAACCUUCCUCUCACGGCCUCCAGAUAUGUCCAAGAAGAAUGGGUAUUGGGAGCAACAGUCUGCCGAUUGUUCCCAUUCUUCUUCUACGGCAACGUUGCCGCAUCGCUGAUGAACAUGGUGGCCAUAACCAUUAACAGAUAUGUGCUGAUAUCGUGCCACGCCAACUACAGCCGCAUCUAUUCAAGAUUCAACAUCUUCCUCAUGAUUGUCUUCGUGUGGGGCUUCAGUUUUGGUAUUAUGAUCCCGCCAUUGGUCGAGAUUUGGGGCACCAUGGGCCUCAACGAGAAAACAUUCUCCUGCACAAUUCUCAAGAAGGAUGGCACUUCCCCGAAGAAGUUCUUGAUGCUGUUUGGCUUCAUGAUGCCCUGUAUCGUAAUCACGUGUUGUUACUCCGCCAUAUUUUGCAAGGUUCGCCAAAGCCGGAAGAACGUGCAACAACAUCUGAACGGAGGCACUGGGCCCUCAUCCAAUAAUACUCAAAUCCGAAACCAAUAUCACACUAAUUCGGUGCAAUCGGCCCAACGCCGGGAAGAUAUUCGAUUGACCAAGAUGAUGCUCACCAUAUUCUUGUGUUUUGUGGUUUGUUUCCUACCAUUGAUGCUGGUGAACGUGGUAGACGAAGGAAUUCGAUACCCAUUCUUGCAUAUUCCAGCCUCAGUUUUGGCUUGGGCGUCUGCAGUUAUCAACCCCUUUAUUUACGCCUUCAAGAAUCGCCAGUAUCAGCAAGCAUUUGCCAAGCUCUUUCAAAACUUCUUCCCAUCCUCAAACAACGGCCGACCGUCUUCUUCCAAUCCACGGGCGGUGGUGGGCACAGGUGGCCAAUUUACUAAUGGUCAGCGAGCUUGCGUGAGGCGGCUCAAAAAAGGCGGUCUGGACUACGACGACCUUGUUCCCAAAGAUGGGCCGAGUCGGCCGCCCAGCCUUGGCCAGGCCACGUCCUCUAGUAACAAAACCACUACUACCACUACCUCUGGUGGCACAAAAACACCCUCCGUUAUGUUGAGUCACAAUGACGUCUCUUCUGCUAACUUGGGUGGGAUUCAAGUCAUUGCCAUUUUGGAGGAGCAACUGGCAGAAUCCGAACAGGAUGCAGAUCCUGGUGCACAUACUAAUCUGGCAAGCCAGCAGCAGAUAAAAUUGAUUCGUCAUCUGAAAGAGGUGAUUGCCCCCGCUGGACAGUCCCAACAAAAUGGAGGCACUCAUGUCACCCACGAGACUACUGCCAAGACCAACACGAACCUGGAUUCCAGUGCGAUUCAACUGAGCCUUCAUAACAAACCAAAGGAGCUCGAGGAUGCUUCCAAGUCAUCAGUUUAACGUCAUUUUAACGUACGGGACAACCCUCCCUCAAACACGUACUGCCAAGAACCAAGAAUGCAAAACAAAAUAUGAGAACGAAACCUGCCGUAAAGAAUAGCCGGAGCUAUUCACAGCUCCCCAUUUUCCUACGCAAAUGAAGCCUUCACUCCUUAAUAACCUCUUCGCCAUGAUCUCAUACGUCUUAUACUUUCAUGCAAGUAAAUACAUUUGCAUUUGGAUUUCAAAUUAUUGCUUGAUAAACACGACAAAUCUCUUUAAGGUCCUUUCUCUGCGUUCUUUCUUUCAUUAAUGAUCGUCAUGUUUGCAUUGAUGAAUUAUGCAUGCCACAUUUCAUAGUUGAUAAAUAAAAUAUUCCAAUAUUUAUGCAAUGGA